CGCCGCCAUGGCUUUCUCCGCCCGGAGAAGCCUCACCCUCUCCCACCACCUCACCCGCCGUCUCCACCCCUCCCUCUCCCACCUCGUCCCCUCCCACCACGACCGCCGCGAAGACCCCUCCUCCUCCUCUUCCGCCCCACCGCUCCCUGCCCAGCAAGCCCCGCACCUCCCCUCCGCCGACCUCCGUCGACGCGCGAGAUCCCUCCCCCUCCCCUUCGGCGCCCACCUCCUGGCCCACCGCACCUUCUCCUCCUCCUCCUCCGAGAUCGAUGCCGCCGCAACCGUCCUCACCGACCCCGCGGCCGACCAGAUGGACGUCGCGGCGGGCGUCCUCUCCGACGCCGCGACCGCGGUCGCGCCCGCCUUCCCGGCGUCGUUCCCAGGGGAAGUGGCCGCCGCGGCCGCCGACUCGUUCCCCCCGGUCGCCGCCCUGCAGUACGUCAUCGACGCCGUCCACUCCUUCACCGGGCUCAACUGGUGGGCUGCGAUUGCCGUCACGACCAUACUGAUCCGAACAGCCACGAUCCCGCUGAUGGUGAACCAGCUGAAGUCCACGAUGAAGCUCAAUGCAAUGAGGCCAGAAAUUGAAGCAAUCAACAUGGAGAUGCGAAAUUCAAUGGAUCCACAAUCGAUGCUAGAGGGGAAAAGGAAAUUGGGCGAGCUAUUCACAAAGCGUGGUGUUAAUCCAUUGACACCGUUAAAGGGUAUAUUCAUCCAAGGGCCUAUAUUCAUGAGCUUUUUCUUUGCUAUACAAAACAUGGUGGAGAAGGUCCCUUCUUUGAAAGGAGGUGGAGCAUAUUGGUUUACUGAUUUGACAACUCCUGACGAGCUUUACAUCCUCCCAGUGUUGACAGCAGCGACAUUCUUGGCUACGGUGGAGCUCAAUAUGCAAGAAGGCAUGGAGGGAAAUCCUAUGCUGCAAACAAUGAAGAAGUUUUCUAGAAUAUUGGCUGUUACGACUAUACCAUUUACCAUGCACUUUCCAAAGGCAAUUUUCUGCUACUGGGUGACAGCAAACUUGUUCUCGCUUGGGUAUGGUUUUGCUCUCCGGAAGACAGCUGUGAGGUAUUUCUUGGAUCUUCCUGAGGUAAUACCACAGCCUGUACCAGCUCAAAUGUCGACGUUCAGCCUUUUCGAGGGACCGAAGUCAUCUCCAGCAGUUGAUCCAGCCGCUGAAGUCGAGGGGUCUGAGCCUUCUAAUGCCGAACUAAAAGAUAGGUUCACGCUGCCAGUGGACUCGGAGCACAAGGCCAAGUCCUUCAGGCUCUUCUCCUUCGCCAAUCCCCAUAUGCGCACCUUCCACCUCUCGUGGAUCUCCUUCUUCACGUGUUUCGUCUCCACCUUCGCCGCCGCGCCGUUGGUGCCCAUCAUCCGCGACAACCUCAACCUUGCCAAGGCCGACAUCGGAAACGCAGGGGUGGCGUCUGUGUCCGGGUCUAUCUUCUCCAGGCUUGUCAUGGGCGCCGUGUGCGACCUCCUUGGCCCGCGCUACGGCUGCGCCUUCCUUGUCAUGCUCGCCGCGCCCACCGUUUUCUGCAUGUCACUCGUCGACGAUGCUGCAGGGUACAUCACUAUUCGUUUCCUCAUUGGCUUCUCCCUCGCGACAUUCGUGUCGUGCCAGUACUGGAUGAGCACCAUGUUCAACAGCAAGAUCAUCGGCACUGUCAAUGGGUUGGCCGCUGGGUGGGGAAACAUGGGCGGCGGUGCCACGCAGCUCAUCAUGCCGCUCGUCUUCCACGCCAUCGAGAAGUGUGGCGCAACACCCUUCGUCGCAUGGCGCAUCGCCUACUUCAUCCCGGGAUUGAUGCACAUCGUGAUGGGUUUGCUUGUGCUCACCCUCGGGCAGGACCUCCCAGACGGCAACCUCAAGAGCCUUCAGAAAAAGGGCGACAUGAACAAGGACAAGUUCUCCAAGGUCUUAUGGGGCGCCGUCACCAACUACCGCACAUGGGUCUUCGUCCUCCUAUAUGGCUACUGCAUGGGCGUCGAGCUCACCACCGACAAUGUCAUCGCCGAGUACUACUUCGACCACUUCCAUCUAAGCCUCCGCACCGCCGGCACCAUUGCUGCCUGCUUUGGCAUGGCCAACAUCGUCGCGCGCCCCAUGGGUGGCUACCUCUCCGACCUUGGUGCCCGCUAUUUUGGCAUGCGCGCCCGCCUCUGGAACGUCUGGAUCCUUCAAACGGCUGGUGGUGCUUUCUGCCUCUGGCUCGGGCGUGCCUCUGCCCUUCCCGCCUCUGUCACCGCGAUGGUCCUCUUCUCCAUUUGUGCCCAGGCUGCAUGUGGUGCCAUCUUCGGUGUCGCCCCCUUCGUCUCUCGACGGUCUCUCGGCAUCAUCUCUGGCAUGACCGGUGCCGGCGGCAACGUGGGUGCAGGGCUCACCCAACUUCUUUUCUUCACUUCAUCGCAGUAUACCACUGGCAAAGGGCUCGAGUACAUGGGCAUCAUGAUCAUGUGUUGCACACUGCCCAUUAUGCUCGUGCACUUCCCGCAGUGGGGCUCAAUGUUCUUCCCCGCCAACGCCGACGCCACUGAGGAAGAGUAUUACGGAUCCGAGUGGACAGAAGAGGAGAAGAAGAAUGGGCUCCACCUCGCCGGCCAAAAGUUCGCCGAGAACUCCCGCUCAGAGCGUGGCAGGCGCAACAUCAUCCUCGCUGAAGCCACGCCGCCCAACAACACUCCCCAAUAUGUAUAG